AUGCCACUCCCAGAAAAAGUUCGUAGAUAUACCUUCUACAUUCUCGGAGGAGCCAUCUGCCUAGCAAUGACCAGUUUGAUUUUGUAUAACAAUUAUAUUCUGAUAGAACCACAUUUACAUACAUUGUUCUGGAGUUUGUGUACGAGUAUUCUACUGACCAAAGUAAAACAACCAAUCAAGGCUUUCCUGGAGGGUUUCACCUCGGGGGUGAAUAUCAAACUUCGAUUUGUCUUUCAUUUGUUUUUCUGGGGGAAUUACUUGUACUUCCUGGUGUACUUUUUGAUGAGAUGGUACACGUAUAAUGUUUCGGAGAGAUUUGUGUUUACCAUUUCGUUUAUUAUUGUUGGUGUGAUUCUAAUGUCGCCUUUUAUAUUGUCGGCUGAUACACUGUCGACUAUUAUUGCAAUGAUAUUGGCUUCAUUUGUGUUGAUUUCGAUUACAUUGUUGGUUGCUAGGACUGGUUAUAUGGAAAGUAUGAAGGCAAGCUCUGUAAUUAAGGAAUUUAUUGAAAAGAAUAAGGAAGUAUUUCUAGAAAGUAUGAAUAACUAUAAGGAAAACAUAAUCCCUCAAAAUGUCACUGAUAUUAGUAUCAAAUCAGAUAAUGUAACGGUGUGGAAAACAGCUGAACGGUAUUGUGACUUUAUGCUGGGAGUAGCCAAUAGUCAGUACGACUUUGUGAAAAAUGUCACAAAUCUAAUUCAUACCAAAAAUACGACAAAUGACUCUAUUGAGACGAUAUUGGGACCAAAGUUCUGUAAGAGUCAGGUUAUGUACUUUCAAGAUAAUUUAUACUCAUUCAUUCAAUAUGUAUUGAACUGGAUGACUUCUAAUAUUAGUGUAUUUGGCUACACACUUCAAUCAUUCUUCCAAACUCUGGUUGACUUGAUUUCAAACUUUAAGGAUUUUGUCUUUUCCUCCUUUAUAUUUAUUUUAUUUGUUUUCUACUUUGUUCAGAAUGAUGAAUUCUUUAUUGAUAGCAUGAAACGAAUUUCACCACUCACUGAAGAAGAAUCCACCAUUCUCAUUGACAGUAUUGAUACAAAUAUCAUCAAAACUCUUUAUUAUUUAUGCACGUUUGCCAUUUGCAAUUUUAUAGUCACUACCUUGUCAUUCUAUAUUGUUGGCUUUGAAAUUAUUUUCAUUUUUGGUUUCUUGUCUGCAUUCUUGUCAGUCAUUCCAAUUAUUAGCAAUUGGAUUAUUUGGAUUCCUGCCACAAUCUUUGUCCUCUCGAGAGAUGGUAUCAUUAGCUCCAAUUGGAUCAUUAUCUUUGCAUCUCACAUUUCACUCUACGUGAUUGAUAAUAUCAUUUACACAAACUUUUUCAAGAAGCAACACCCAACCAUGUUGGGAGUUUCCAUUUUGUUAGGUGUAUAUGUUUUCAAUCAUUCAGGAAUUAUCAAGGGUCCUUUGUUUAUUACAUUGGGAAUGACAUUUUUUGACAUUGCCACAAAAUAUAUCAAUAAGGAUAAGAAGGAAGAUGGAGAAGAUUCAGAAGGUGGAGGUUCUGGUUUGAGACAUCAUCGUUCAAAGAGUUUCUUUGAUUUGAUUGCAGAAGAUUGGAGCAGUAUCAAAUAUGAAGAUGAUUCCAAAAAGUAA